GUAUUAAAUGCGCUGUUGGAAGAUAAACCAACUGUGGAGCCAGGUUUCUGGAAGAAAUUCGCAGAAAAUGUAUCUAACAGUCUUCGUCCUCCUGACAUUAGUGCUUAUAAUGACCCACCAUUAGCUCAAGGAUUACUUAACAAGGUCGAGUUCAAAAAUGGCAUUGAUAGAAAGAAUCUGUUUAAAGAUAAAAUAUUUUUAUUUACGUUAGAACAGGAAAAAAAGCAAGUAGAAGAGUUAAUAUCAAAAGCAGGAGGAUCUUGUGUGACAUGGGAGAAUGAGUGCGAAGCGUUCAAGAGAAUAGCAGCCUCAUCAAAAGAAUUUCUCGUUAUGCAGAGUCGUAAAGACGUUGAUGACAAGGCAUAUAAAGACAUUAUUAAACUUUUGUCGAAACAAAAUAGACGUACCAUUCCUAUUCAAGAAAUCGCCAUGGCUAUUAUCCAUGGAUCGUGCGAAAAGGAUUGCAAUGCAGAAUUUAAUAGAGUCCAACAGGUGUUCGCUAGGACUACCAACAAGGAACCCACUCAGCAUGUACUACUAGCUAAAAAUACCCAAACACAAGAUUCUACCGCUGAACCGACUUCAUCUAAGGUUAUUGAUGAGACUCUGGAUCCAGAUCAGCCGAAUGUACCGCCAAUUCAAAAGAGAGUUGUUUCAGUUCAAGAAAAAGAUGUAGAGACUGAAAAACGAGAGAUUCGUCCAGAAAAAGAUCAUGAUACUGGGAAGAGACUUGCUGCAGACCCAGAUGAGAAUAAUCCAUUUAAGAAAAUAAAGUUGGAUAAUAGGGACAACACUAAAAGGUCAGAUGGUAAAGGUGAUGCCGAAUUUGCUAAAGGCAAAACCAGCAGAUUUUUGUCCAAGAAACCAAUAACAGAAAAAAGAAAAAUAAUAGAAGACAGUGAUUCUGACGACUCACAGCCAGCAAAAGUCACAAAAAAGAAUCCGUUUAGUAGCAUCACAUUAACAAAAAAAAGCAACAUCGAAAAUAACCCAUUUGCAUCUUCGAGACAGCUAACAGGGAUGUCCAAACUGUCGUCCGAUAAUCCGUUGCUUAGGGUAACGAAAAAAAGUAACAUUGAAGAUAACUCACUUCCAUCUUCGACGCAGCUAACAGGGAUGUCCAAACUAUCGUCCGAUAAUCCGUUGCUAAGUGCAACCAAACCCAUCGAUAACACACCUAUGUUAUCAUGCACCAAAAAGGAACCUCAAGAACCAGAAUAUUAUCCUCAUAUAACUAAAGUAUCCGAUGACGGUUCCGGAUGGUACUCAAAGAACAAUUCGGUUCAUGUAAAGAAAGAAAAAGAAAAUGAAUACGAUACAGAACUACAAGACUUCGUUAAUUUAUUUAAGAAUAAGAUAGUUGUAGGUGUUUUGUCUGGCCGUUCGAUGAGACAGCCUAGUUCGAGUGAUGAAGUCGAUUGUAGGGCCCAAACCAAUGGUAAAAACUUUAAAAAGUUUAAAAAGAUAAAGCCUUUACAUCCUCAAAUUACCGUCAUAGGUAAUGACUUCUUCAACAAUUCACAAUUUGGCAAUACAACAGGAAUACACGAUUCCCGGAGACGCAUACUUUACGACUCAGACGACGAACAACCUUCAAGAAAACAGAGAAAAACAUUAAAAUCUUUUUUGAUAUAAGUCAAAAUUAUUGUUGUAUUUGAUAUUAUUGAUAAAUGUUAUUGUUUUUGUAAUAAACUUUUUUAGACAUAAAUAUAUCGUAGGAGCCAUCA